AUGGUCCCAACCUUUCGUAGCAAAGAUGGGUUAUUUUCAGAAGGAGGCAAAGAAAUGUUCUUUCAUACGUCAACCCCUACAGAGGAAAUGCAGCAGUCAAGGAAGCUAGGAGAGCUUGCUGAGAAAAUGAUUCAUGCGGUCCCAACUCCAUUCCAUCACAUAUUGGCCGACUUAUCAGAACGAGGAAAAUUACACCGUCUAUACACACAGAACAUUGGCGAACUGGACACCUGUUUUGAGUAUCUCAAAGCAGACCUAUAUGAGAAGGCCUGCUUUCAGAAGGUAGCCAAUCCACAUAUCUGGACCAUCCAGUUGCACGGGGGCAUGCGGACUACGAGAUGUCAUAUUGCGGGCCAUAUUGAUCAACUCAACCCUCAGGCCCUCAUUAACGGGAGGCAGGAAACUCUGCUCUGCGCACCGUGUUCUAUAAGAUCAGCAGAGCAGGCGAGAAAGAGGAGAAAGAGGAGAAAGAGAAUGGGACUCGGACUCGGAAUCAAGGAAGCAAAUAUCGUUAUGUAUAACAAAAAUCCCAACGACAACAAAUCUGAAAGAGAUACUGGCUUCAUACAAUAUGAUGCGGAUAAAGUUCCCGUGGAUCUAGUCAUUGUUUGUGGGACAGGAGCAACUCUCGUAGGUAUCAAAGAUUUGAUUAAGACUAUGUCGACAAAUCGGGCAUCUUUAUGGAUUAAUACCGAAGAGCCUCCAAAGAUACCUGGCUUUACUUUUACACAUAAAUAG